CUCCAUCUUCUUCCCAACCUUCUCCUUUCAACAAAGGCAGAUUUCUCUAUCUCAACUGUCUUACUCAGGACUUGGUUCUUACACCAGUCUGAAGAAAAAAUACAAAAAUUUGAUCUGCCUUUCGUAGUCUAGUGACGUUCUUUCAUAUUCUUAUCUGCACACAACAUUUGUGGCAGGAGAAAACUCCAGAAAAAGAGUUGUGGUGAGGCUUUCGAAGCUUGUUUACAGUUCAGACGAUUUGCUAGUCAUCGACAGGUUGGAUUUGUCAGCUGUUUAGACUCUUGGUCCUCCGAGUUAUAUCCAGUACCGAGUUUGUUUUCAUAACUAGGACAUCGAUUCGAGUGCUCGUGCGGGAAGUAGCCCGAAUUAACAGAAGAGAAAUAGAGACCAAAGUGAUAAUACUUUCAACGACUUAUAGCUGAGACUGCAGACAAAAUCGAGAACCACUCCGAGAUCUGAAAUGACGACUUCAAAGAGCUCCAGCAUGGUGAUGGCUGUGAUGAUGAUUGCUGGACUUCUCCAGAGCGUUUCAGCUGUGACGCACACGGUGACUUGGACCUUCGGAUCAAAUGCCACAGAGUACGAUGAGUGGGCCAACCAACAGAACUUCCAAGUCAAUGAUGUCAUUCAAUUCCUUUACGAUUCCAGCCACGACGUUCUCGAAGUGAGUCAAGCGGAUUUGGACGCCUGUAACUCGAACAACCCAAUUGCAAGUUACAAGACGGUGAAUGCAAAUGUGACUUUGAACAGAUCCGGAUACUUCGGCUUCAUUUGUGGAAUUGCUGGCCACUGCAGCAGUGGAAACAUGCAUAUGAAUGUGCAAGUUUCGGCAGCCACCACUCCUUCCACUCCUCCAACUUCCUCUCCUCCUCCAUCUCCUUCAACUUCUGCUCCUCCUCCAGCUUCUUCUCCUCCUUCAUCUCCUCCAGCUUCUUCUCCUCCUACAUCUCCUUCAACUUCUUCUCCUCCUCCAGCUUCUUCUCCUCCUUCAUCUCCUCCAGCUUCUUCUCCUCCUCCAACUCCUUCUCUUCCAACUCCUCCUGCUCCAGCUCCAGCUCCUGGCAGUUCCGAUGCUUCAAGCCUUCAAUCCCGAUCAGCGAUGGUUGUUGGAACUUUGGUUGCUGCUUGUGCUGCAGUUUUGUUGUAACCGCACAAAACUCUUCAAGCGUUACUGUCAUCAGUUUGUGACCGAACCAGGUGGUAAGGAAACCAAAAGAAAAUGCUGAAAGAUAUCUCGAUGCAAGUUAUAUAUCUGAAUGCAAACACGAGGCGUUGGCAACUUCGCCACGUUAGAUUGGUGUUGAGUUUGUUCUUGCAACGACGAGUUCAGGAUUGAUUCAUUAUCCCUCUUGGAGACUUCGCUGCUGACGGAAAGGCAUUCAUGGGGUUGGGUGCGAGUAGAAACUGUUUUGUGAGCGAACAGAGUCCGAGCAUUAAGGAAGGAAUAGUGGGUUCAAUCUCUUACAUAUAGAUCUCUUUUCUGAAGCCAUUCAUUUGCGAUCAGUUUCCUCAUUGUAUCGUUCUUAGAUACAUCGAAAAUUUUGUGAGGGUGAGCGCACACAAAUUUCAUUUAUUAUUUACAUGUAGCAGCCAAUGAUUUAGUCAGGUUGCUCAAUACACGGUCUCAGCGAUUUCACCCUUCUUUCACCCGCUAUGUUGAUAUGAAUGUAGAUGCAGAAUAGGUCCUUUCGUAAGUGACCACAAUUCAAAGUCACAUAUAUUUAGAAAUAUAACACUUUUGUCACAGAGUGGCACACUUGUAAAAUUAUCAUCUUCUGAUAAAACGAAAAAAAUGGAGGAAACUCCAGAAAAGA